UCAAGUGAUACUCCGAAGCAGCCAUGGACCGAUGCCUCACGGCCAGCCUAUACUGAUCAAAGAAGGACCACCCCUACACCAUGGACAACCAUUACUGGUCAGGGGACCCCACAAAGGGGGGUUCGCGGGUCACGCACCAAUGCCUGAAGAACCAGCUGUGAUCUUCAAAGGUCAUUUCGGCAUGUCACACGGAGGACAUGGCCCUCUAAUGCAAGGCCAGCCCAUAAUUUUGAAGAACGUCCACCCCCCACCACCGAUGGUUCAUGGUGCGCCGCUCAUCAUACGCGGAGGACCGUUGGUCAAAGGGGGCGGACAUACUGUGCAGGGACCGACGAUACUUCUCAGGGGCGGGGGCGCUCACGGAUUUAAAGGUGGGCCACCCAUAGUUCUCAAAGGUGGAUUCGCUUCACCCGUUCCUGCCUCUGGUCUCGAGCACGAGCAGCACGCAGUCGCAGGACCUUCCUACCUCAUCACAACAGUUCAUCACGUGCAAAAGGUUUCGGGAGGCGGGAAGUUGCUCGCGUCUUUCGGGGGUGCGAGACACGCUAAGAGCUCCCCUCCUCCUAUAGCUUUCGCUCACGGACCUCACGUCGUCCAGAAAGGAUGGUAGUUUUUCCAAUGGUCGGUGGAGCUCUCAUCGGAGCGAUAUAGUCAUCGAGUGAUCUUGUGUUAUUUAUCAUUGCA